CAUUAAGAUCGAUCUACUUCCGUGGUCUAUUGCCACUCUCACCGGGGCAGCUUCACAACAGACGCACCAAGACCAGCUCCGUUGGCUGGCAUUCUAUGCCUUGGCUUUGGAAUACUUCAUCUGUGCAGAAUGACCUUUGUGUGCCAAAUCUUUGAGGAUUCACUACCCCGCCACUAGAUCAAGAGACUGUUGCCCAGUGCCCAAGUGACGGGAAAUAUCAAUUUCGGACUUCACGGCCUGAUUAGGAAACAUGAUUUCUGGCCGUGGUAGAGGCGGUAAAAUACGCCCACCAAGACGUCAUGCUCUCAGUGGCAAGAAUAGCGACCAGGAUGACUUCGAGUCUAUUUGGAACGCAAUCUGUGUUGCGCUCCGAGAAAUCCACACACGAAAUGCCUCCCAGAUCUCAUUCGAACAGCUAUAUCGCCUAGCGUACAAAAUUGUGCUACAGAAGAAUGGCGAUAAGCUAUACGAGCGUGUCAAGGAGUUCGAGGAACAAUGGUUCGCCGAAGAGGUUAUGCCGAAGAUCAGAUCGCUGAUCACCAGAAACCAUACAGGCCUGGCGGUAGGCGGUGGGUCCAGCUCGACAGCAACCGAGACGACGAUAUCCGGCGAGAAGUUCCUGAAGGGGCUCAAGUCGUCAUGGGAAGACCACAUUCUCUGCAUGAACAUGACAGGUGACGUUCUCAUGUAUAUGGAUCGUGUGUACUGUACGGACAACCGGAGGCCAUCGAUCUUCACCACUUGCAUGGGACUAUUCAGAGACCAUAUCCUGCGCUCUAAGCUGGUGGAGUCUGAUCUUGACCUCAGCACUUUUGAUAUCCUCAACUCCGUUCUACUCGACAUGAUACAGAUGGAGCGCGAAGGCGACGUUAUUGACAAGAAUUUGGUCCGAUCCUGCCUGUACAUGCUGGAGGGACUAUACGAGACCGAUGAAGACGACGAAAACGAGAAGCUUUACUUGACCGUUUUCGAGCCGAAGUUCUUGAACUCCAGCAGGGCAUUCUAUCAAAAAGAAUGCAUGAUGCUAUUGAGAGAAUCAGAUGCGGGUACCUGGCUCCGCCAAACUCAGAAACGCUUGAUGGAAGAGGCUGACAGAUGCCGAACUACGAUUUCGCCAUUGACCGCACAGAAAAUUGCGGAAGUCAUUGAUACUGAAAUGAUCGGAAGCCAUUUGAACGAAUUCAUCCAAUUGGAAAGCAGUGGUGUCAAGUCAAUGAUCAUGAACGAUCGAUUUGAUGAGCUUGCUCUUUUAUACCAGAACGUCUCCCGUAUUGACCCGAAGAAAGCAGCCUUACGCGAUGCUCUACAGGGACGAGUGAUGGAAAUGGGCUGUGAUAUCAACAAUAUCAUCGCCAAUACCGAUUUCUCUGAGAAGGCUCCGGCGGCUGGAGAUGCCGACAAAGCUGCGAAGGGCAGGGUUCCACCGCCUAACCCGGCUGCUCAACAAACUGCAGCAGCCAUCGGAUGGGUUGACGGGGUGUUGCAGCUCAAAGAUAAAUUUGAGAACAUGUGGGAGAAGUGCUUCGAGAGCGACCUGAUCUUGCAGACUGCAUUGACAAAGAGCUUCUCUGAUUUCAUCAACCUAUUCGAUCGCAGCUCCGAAUAUAUUUCGCUGUUUGUCGAUGUGAACCUGAAGAGCGGCAUUAAAGGCAAAACCGAAGCCGAAGUGGACGCCGUCCUCGACAAGGCGACUACGUUGCUUCGUUACGUGCAGGACAAGGACAUGUUCGAGCGCUACUACAAAAAGCAUCUCGCGCGCCGCCUGUUGCAUGGGAAGUCAGAGAGCGCAGAAGUAGAGAAGCAAAUGAUUUCUCGCAUGAAGCAGGAAGUUGGCAAUUACUUCACGACCAAACUCGAAGGAAUGUUCAAGGAUAUGACCAUGUCAGACGAACUGACCUCGAACUACCGAACGCAUAUUCAGGGUCUAGGCAAAAUAGACAGGAAGCAGAUUGACCUUGGCAUUAAUGUCUUGACUACAAACCACUGGCCAAUGGAGGUUAUGGGCGCUGCGCAGGCACGCUCGGAAGACGGCCGUGUUCAGCAGUGCAUAUGGCCACCUGAGAUCAAGCUUUUGCAAGAGAGCUUCACGAAGUUCUACAUGAAGAAGCACAAUGGAAGACAGCUGACCUGGCUCCCAUUCAGCGGAUCCGCCGACAUCCGUUGCGUUUUCUCGAAGAUCCCAGGCAAGGAAGGCAUCCUUGGUCGCGAGCGCAAGCACGAACUCACAGUUCCAACUGUCGGCAUGAUUGUCCUGCUGCUGUUCAAUGAUCUCGAGGAAGGCGAGUCUUUGUCGUUCGAGGAGAUCAGAGAGCGUAGUCGCAUCGAGGUGAAGGAUCUCCAGCGCAUUUUGCCUGCGCUUGCGAUUUUGCCCAAGGCCAAAGUCCUGAACAAGGAUCCCCCUACGAAGACCCUCAAGCCUAGUGACCGCUUUUCGUUCAAUGCGGCGUUUACCAGCAAGUCGGUCAAGAUCAAGGCUCCGACUGCUACGGGCAUGAACAAGGUGGAGGGGAGUGAGGAGAGGAAGCAGACGGAGAGUAAGAACGACGAGAUGAGAGGUGGCGUGAUCGAGGCUGCGAUUGUUCGCAUUAUGAAGCAACGCAAACAGCUCGAGCACCAACAACUCCUGACCGAAGUAAUUACUCAACUAUCGAGCCGCUUCCGCCCCGACCUCAACAUGGUCAAGAAGCGAAUCGAGAGUCUGAUCGAGCGCGAAUACCUGGAGCGCAUGGAGGAUGUCGAGAGGCCAACAUAUAGGUACCUAGCAUGAUUUUAUGGGAAUCAAAUGAACGGAGUUACAUGGCCAUCGGCGGUGAACUUUGCGGUGCAUUGCUGGGGCGUCGGCAUCUGGGAUUUGGUGUUUGAGAGAUGGGUUGGUUGGGUUAGCAUGGGGAUCCUAGAUAUGACGGGGGUGGGAGGAGCUCCUUAGGUACUCUGUACGAGAACCAGUACCAGACUUCUUCAAACUAACCUUAUUGGAGGUGUCUAUUUCUCUGCAUGUUCUUUUACCGUGGCCAGAAGCCGGACAACCUGGCUUGGUCUCCAAUAAAAACAGUAUCGCGGCAUAAAUACGUGCGAGAUAAAUGCUUUCCUCGAAUCCGCGAUAGGAGUACUAUUUUAUUUGUGUUCCCUGGAUGGGGUUGGUAAUUUGGGGACUGAGAUAGGAGGAGGGAGAGUUGGUGAGGUCUCCCCGAUAGUUGGCCGAAUGGAUUCGCUAUACCAACCAGACUAUACCCAAAUAUUUUUACUACAUUCUUCAAAGCAAGGGGAUGUUAUUAUGAAUAAUAAUGCAAUACACGCGUGAAGAUGGACGCAUUUUAAACUCCAACAAGGCUAGACGCUCCCACGAACCUGGAUCUACUCCUCUCCCCCCAAUCCACGUUCCCCCGCAUCUCCCCCGCAGUCUCCCCCGCAGUAUCACAGGAGCGGGAUGCAGUUGUGGGACAUAUCCGUUGUGGAAACAUGCAUUGUCGCCGCGCUACUCUGAGACAUCGCCAUACGAGUGGCUGGGAUAUUGGACUAUGCAUCGAUCGUGCAGUGUGGGGAAGUUGAGAGAGUGUAAAGGGCGGGUGUUAGCCCAGAAACUAUUUGUUAUAAUAUACAGGGGCUACAGUAAGCGACCACAGGUAGAACCACAGAAAAACUCUGCCCUUACGGCUAGAGGCCUCGAAGGGAGAAGAAAAUUUACUCAACACUAUUUCACGAGCAGCAUCACGUGCGGAUUACGAUCACGUGCGAUACGGUGCCAAGGCGGAGGUCUUCCCUAUGAACCCCGCACGGAAGUGUCCACUGCUAUUAACCGAAUUCCAAUUUGACGCGUAACUCGCGUCGCGUAACCCACCCCUCCUUGUACAACAACCAUAAUUAUGCCACCAACUCGGAGGGCUUUGGCUCCAAUUGAUGGGAAUCGACAGCCUGGUGGCCAAUUAAGCCCAUACCAACGCGGGCAGAUUAUUGGGAGGCAGUCAGAGGGUGCAACACCUACUAAGAUUGCACACGACCUAAACCUUGACCGAAGCACUGUACGAUAUACAAUUGCCGUUGACUCAAUAUGCACCGAAGGCAGGAGCCUACCCUGUACACGAUGGGGAAAGUCAUAUACAGAAGCAGAGCAACGCCUUAUACUCCGCCACGUACGCCUAAACCCAAAGGAUACAUACCAAGAAGUAAAGGAUGCUUGUAAUGUUGCUU